AUGCAAAUAUUUCCCUAUUAUUUCAUUUUUCUCUAUAUAUUAUGCUUAUUUUUUUCAGUCGCAAACCGGUGUUCCUGUCAGAAUAAUGGUACCUGUCAACUGAGUAAUGGAAAAGUCACUUGCGACUGUCCAACAUGGUUCCUCGGAGAAAAAUGUGAAGUUAAUGGAAAAUUGUUGGUGAUUAUACUGUGCAGCACACUCGGUGGUCUUCUAUUCCUGACUCUUCUCAUUUGCAUCUGGUGCAUCUUCGUGUAUCGACGGAAAACCAAGAAAAGAAAUAACAAAGCUGCCAAUGCCAGACAUUUAUCAACCAGCGAAUCCACUUUGGUAAAACUGCCGCGAUAUUGGACAGAGGCUGGCUCUCCACAAGUGUACGAAGUACCUGUUUCACCCGACCGCAGACGAUGGAGUUUUGUGUCCGAUCCCGUGAGAUACCCCGAAGAUUUGAUUCUUGAAGAUCACUACAGGCCCGGAACGCUGCCCUUGCCUAAGUUUUAUGAUACUAACAGACGCCACCUUAUGGCUUACCAAAAUCCCUCCUUUCAGAGCUCCACGCUUCCACUGCGACCGGCGUAUCAGCAAGAUAAAUGGCGGUCAUAUUAUCCUGCUCCGAGAUCUGUUGCAUACUGAUUCAAAAGGAGUAUUUCUGUAUUUUCAAAUUCUACUUUGUUUAUAUCAAUGGUUUGAAUAAAGGGAAUGGUAAUAA